CCUCAAUAUUCAACCCCGACAACUUGUUGCCCCCAUAUCCGUGUCGGGCGUCGGGUCUGAGCUGUGGCCGCUUUAAACCAAGGCCAGGGGCGAGCAUAGGGUGAUCACCCCUUCGUCCUGCGUAAUCUGGAGUUUAUCCUAGACUUUCCGGCGACUGUCUUGUUGACCUGACCAGACCCCCCGACCUACUCCUCUGCCAGGAGGGUAAGAACCGGCCUAGGCUACUUGUCUACCCUGCUAAACACUUUCAUCCCCAACUAUCGCACUCGGCUCGGAGGCUUUGCCUCGCUCCAAGCAACAUAUCAAUUGCGGCAAAGACAGCCAACACGCUGACCACAUGGCGGGUACAAUCCGAAACCUCUCUAAACCCCUCCCCCGCAAACAUGACCCAUAAUCCGUACAAGGGCAAAGUCGAAUUGUUGGGCGGACCCUCUGGAACUUGGUUGUUCAAGGCCCACGAGGUAUGGAUCGACGGCAAGGCAUACGAGCACCGAGAGUUUGCAUUCAAAGGAGCCCUAGAGCGCGAGGCCAUCAUCUACGCCAGACUUGGGGAUCACGCCCGCAUCACGAAAUGUUUUGGCCUUAGGGAGUUCGCCCCUGGGUCUCAGUCGCUGCAACUCGAACGUGCGUCGGUUGGCUGUGCGCGCCAAUAUACCACGGAUCAUGCCGAUAAACCACCGGCUUUGCACCUCCGGCUGCGAAUGGCUGUCGACUUUGCAGAGGGCGUGGAGUACCUUCAUGAGAAAGGUGUUACUUGGUGUGAUCUCUCGGCCCGCAAUGCUCUCCUCUUCGACAAUUUCAGGGUCAAGCUUUGCGACUUCGGCGGCGCUGUGAUGACGGGCUCCGACUUCGAGGAAAUCCAGUCAUAUGAGUCCCGUUAUGAGACUCCGCUACGAGGUCGAGAGUGGAGCGACGUCCCACCCUUGACGCAGGAGCUCUAUGCGCUUGGGUCAGCUGUCUACGAAAUCACAGAGUGGAAAAUACCGUACGGCGACGUGCCAGAGGAGGAGAUUGAUGCUCACAUUGGUGACGGUAAUCUCCCAGUUCUCACAGAACAAAAUUCCGCGGCCAGCAUUAUAGCCAAAUGCUGGCGGGAGGAAUACCAUUCCGCAUCGGCGGUAGUUCGGGAUUUACAGAUCUGCUUCGAAGAAUCGCAGCCUAGGAUACCGUUGCCGUAG